AUGAAACAUCUGGCCAGUCACGGAGUUUAUUUGAAAGCUGAACAAUGCACGGUGUUUGAUAAACUGCGCGACGUUUCACGGCCCAGCACUUCGGCAGCAGGAGCUGCAGGGCAAAUUGAAGAAAGUCCCAAUCCCAGCCCUGCUAGUGUGGCGUUGCACAUCACCGAUGAUGACGAUGACAGCAGCCGUUCCUCUUCAGUAACCACAGUGACUCCUUUCACCCUGGCUAAGAAGAAUGCACUACCCAAGGAGAAGGUGGAGGAAAUCCACAGGGCAGUCACCAAAUUUGUGGUGAUGGGGCUUCAUCCAUUUUCCACGGUGGAAUCACUAUCUUUUAGGGAGAUGAGCAUUGCCCUGAACCCUAAAUAUCAACCACCAUCCAGGGAUGACCUAUCCAACACCUUAAUACCUGCAUGGUAUUCUGUUGUGAAACAGAAUGUCAUCCAACAGCUUGCACACGUCAGCAAAACUGCAAUUACUUGCGAUGGAUGGACCAGCGUGGCACAGGACCACUAUCUGACAGUGACUGUUCACUACAUUUACAAGGGCAGCAUCCAGCAGAAAGUUCUGAGCACUGAAGCAGUUUAUGAGGCUCAGACAGGGCUAGUGGUGGCAGAGGAAAUCCACAAAAUUCUUGAGGAGUUCAAGUUGACUGGAAAAGUCCUUGCUGCCACAGUUGACAAUGCAAGCAACUUGGAUGUUGCACUGAAAAAUUUAAAAUUUUUAAAAGUUGGAUGCUUUGCCCACACACUCAACCUGGCAGCACAGAAGGUGUAUGGCAUCCAAGCUGUGACCAGGUGGUGUGCAAAGAUCCGUGCAGUGGUGGUGUGGUUGAAGCGCUCCACCAUGAGCAAAACUGUUUUGAGAGAGAAGCAACGACUCCUCAAUUUGCCAGAGCAUAAUGUUAUCCUUGAUGUGAGGACUCGCUGGAAUUCUCUGUACAUCAUGGUUGAGCGGUUUGUGGAGCAGUUCCCUGCAAUCCAGGCAGCUUGCCUCGAUCACAGGCUGAGGAAGCCAAUGGAGAGGGACAGACUAGAGCGGCUCACUGACAGUGAUUUUGAGAAUGCAGAGGAAUUCAUGAAAUGCAUGAAAGUCCUGUACACCUCAACCCUCUGCGUGUCAAGUGACAAGUCCCCCACAUGCAGCCAAAUCAUCCCAAUCCGCACAAAGCUGGAGGCACGAUAUUUACCCACAGAUGAUGACAGUAUGUUUGUGGCUGCUAUAAAAGAGAAGGUCUGGGGAGAUCUCGAAAAAAGAUACCAGGAUAAAGAAAUUCAGAACUUCCUUCAGGAGGCCACAUUGAUGGACCCUCGCUUUAAAGGCAAGCUGGGAGUUGGUGUUACAGAAGCUUGGGAUAGGCUUGAGAAAGCAACGAUUGACAGUGUCACGGCAACUCAGCUUCCACUAGAGGACCAUCAUCAGAGUGAGGCAGAAGUAGGUGGUGAUAGUGAUGAUGAGGUGGAGGUGGAGCAAGAGGACACACAUCAAAGAGGAGCUCACAGGAUGUCAGCCUUGGAGCAGUUAUUUGCGGAUGAAGACCGGGAACUUCUCCACACAACUAUGAGCACAAGCAGUGCCCUCUCUAUCACGGAGCAGGUCAAGAAAGAGAUUGAGCUCUACAAAGGCAUGCCAGCAAUCACAUCUGGACAAGACCCUGUGGCUUGGUGGUGGGGUAAGAGGGAUACCCUCCCUAAUUUGUCUGCCUUGUCAGAGGUGUAUUUGUGCGUGCAGGCCUCCUCAACCCCCUCUGAGAGGGUUUUCUCCUGUGCUGGACAUGCAGUUAGCCAGGAAAGAUGCCGUAUAUUGCCAGAAAAGGCCAAUAUGCUGAUAUUCCUGCAGAAGAACUGCAAUUGA